UUCGACGCAUUUUCACCAGUAGUUCGCCUGUCGUUUACUUCUUCUACGAAGCAUAGCAAAAGGGUUUUAACGAUGUCUAAGAAAAGAGGUCUUUCCUUGGAAGAGAAGCGUGAGAGGAUUCUCCAAAUCUUUUAUGAUUCACAAGAUUUCUUCCUUCUCAAGGAACUUGAGAAGUCGGGCCCCAAGAAAGGGGUUAUCACACAGUCUGUAAAAGAUGUUGUGCAAAGUCUAGUGGAUGACGACCUUGUUUCGAAAGACAAGAUAGGAACUUCUGUAUACUUUUGGAGUCUGCCUAGCUGUGCUGGAAAUCAGCUGAGGAAUGUGUCUCGGAAACUCGAAUCUGAUCUCCAAAGCAGCAAGAAGCGAUUUGCUGAACUUGUUGAACAGUGUGAUGCCUUAAAGAAUGGACGAGAGGAAUCUGAUGAACGAGAGGAAGCCUUAGGUGAGCUAAAAGCUAUUGAACAGAAGUAUAAUGAUUUAAAGGAUGAGAUGAGCCAGUAUGCAGACAAUGAUCCUGCUGCGUUUGAAGCAAUGAAAAAAGCUAUUGAAGUUGCCCAUGCAGCUGCGAACAGAUGGACAGACAACAUUUUCACGCUGCGCCAAUGGUGUUCAAACAAUUUUCCCCAGGCCAAAGAGCAGCUUGAGAACAUGUACAAGGAGGUUGGAAUAACAGAUGAUUUUGACUAUUUGGAGUUGCCAGUACUUCCACUUGGUGACCAGGUGCAGGACGGCAAUUCUUAAGUAUUGUAGUUUAGCUUUACUUUAUACUACAAAACCCUGUAUUGCCACCAAAAUAUAAGAUUUACAUGUGCUGUCAUUGAGACUGCUUGAGUGGUGUCCUUACUUGCACAGUUAUGAAAGGAUAAUGAGCCUAAACAUAAGGUCAUUUGACACUCAAUUAAAUACAUCUGGUGAUAGGAGUGAUAUUUGUAA